CUGGUACCAGGUUAAAUGUAAUGCCAGUUGUCAGCGAAAUGAACUCAUGUGCGGCGAAUGUUCUGGCUUGUUUGCGACGAUAACGGACGUCGAACCGUUUACGCGUUGGUGCCGCUUAAAAUAGUAUUUUACCAUUUUUGAUAAUUCGAAAUAAAACAGUUUUUUGUUUUUGUUUUGUGUUUUUGCGGAAUGGUGUUUGGUUAUAAGUGAAUAGUUCAGUGUUUUUGAAAUCGGUGUUUUUAAGGUAUUGUGACGGUUUUGUUUUAUUUGUUUCUGUGCAACUAGUUGUUGGGAAAUCCAUUGAGAAAUGAUUCGCGCUGGCGCGUGAAAUUCUAAAUUAGAUGGCAUGUCAGAAACACGGCGCUAAGAUGUGGUGCCAAAUUAUUUCAAUCGGAUUUUUAAUCGGUGCUGCGGUUUCGCAGUCCAAUUACGAUAAUCAAGCCAAUAGCAUCGAAUACACCGGAGAUGGUUUACCAGAAUCCACCAUCUUGGAUGGAAAAAUUACAAAGCUAGAUGACAUAGCUCCGAUUAUUUUCCUUAACCGAACGAAAGCUGCGUUGAAUUGCGCUGCUGGAUACAUGCAGAUUGAUUUGAAAUUCGAGCAUCCAUUCUAUGGAAUCGUAUAUGCAGAUUUUGACAGAUCUAGCUCAUGUAUUAUUAGUGGAAAUGGAACCAGAACAGCCAGGAUAGAUUUACCUUUGAAAGGAUGUGGAACCAUACAGAAUCCUACCCGCGUUUUUACCAACAACAUCGUUGUGAGAUUUCAUUCGAGUUUGGAGAUGGAUGGCGACGAAGUAAUCACAAUCGUUUGUAGGUAUCCACCUCCUAUUGCUCCACCACCACCAUUCCCAAUACCACUACAAACGUACCCCGAAACUUCAACCCCGGCACCUUUGAAAGGUUUUCAAAUACUAUUGAUAAUUUGCGGAAUUCUAUUCUUAUCUCUGGUACUGCUCGGAUUAGCCGGAUCAUAUUACUGCCUUCGUAAUCGACGAAUUCAAGUGAUCCGCAGACAUCCUGUACCAGCGACUGGUUCCGAAAUCACCAAAAUAUCGGAUUCCAGUUUAGGAAUGUAUGAUGGGUUGAAGAUCCCCAGAGCCCAUACAUUCAUGACAACCACUGCCAGCAUUAGCGAAUCCGAAGUUGCCAUUAUUAGCGGAGCCGAUACACUGCCCAGUGAUUACCCAUCGGAAUCGCCCAGUACCACGCAUUCCGAGGUAGAAGAAAUGGACGGUCGAAGUUUACGCAGAUCGUUGAGCUCGAGCGGUUCUUACGAGAACAAAGCUUACGUGCAAGAGAGCUCGUACUUCUCCGAACAAUACGGCCACUUGAGUGAAAUGGAGAUUAACACCGGUUCGGCAAUCAAACACAGACCACCACCUCCGGAGCCCAAGUUCAACGUUGAAAUGAGGAUCAAGAAAGCUCCUCUACCUCCACCCACGCCUAGUCCUCCUUCAUCCGAUUCCGAGGGUAGUUUGAUCAUGCAAGAGCGUAAUUUGAGCACUAUUCACGAACGAGACGAAACAGUCGAAUUAACCGAACGAUCCAGAACGUUUAUGUACAAGCCAGAAAUCCACACACCACCCAAGGCCAAAUCGCCUCCUAUAUAUUCGGAAGUUAUUCGCAAACACGAUAAAGUCGACAAGAGCGAAUAUAUCGAAGAAACUUUCGACAGAUCUGCCAUGGAAGAAAGCGAUUUCCACCGUACCGAGCUGCACACCGAAGUAAAAGAACCUCCUUUGGUUGUCCAACGUCGUCCCGAGAUCACCUCUCAUUUUGUCGACGAUGUAUUCUUACGUACCAUUACCGAGAAGAAAACCAUCGAAGAUAUCGAACGUCAUCGUCGCCAAGUUACCGAAUACCACGCCAAACCACCACCUCCUCCACCCACCAAAUGGGACGUGGAAAUUCGAAACUACCCGAAUCCCAAUGCUCCUUCACCCAGUGGUGACGAAACCGCCACCGAUUGGGAAAGCCAUUCGGAAAACUCGUCCAUUUACGGUAUACCAGCGGUUAGCAGAUCUGACGAACGUUAUAGAACGCAAAUGGACCUCGAACAGCAGUAUCGUUCAACUUUAGAUAUACCAGUGCCAAAUCCACCGCCUCAAAAUUGGGAUUCGUUGAUCAAAGUGUUAGAAUAUUCUCCGGCUGAAACAUCAGAAACGAAAGAAUACCGUACCGAGCAAACUCUCUCGUUGGAAGAUAAGAAAAAAUGGCGUAAAAUCAUCACGACCGAAUCCACAUUGCGUACGAUGCUGACUGAAGCUUCAUCCAGAGAAGAUUACGAACGUAUACGUAAAGAUCAAAGAUACGAGAAAUUAUUCGAACCCCCGAAAUGGGACGUCAUCAUACGAGUUCUAACACCACCCGAUCGAUUAUUCGAUCAACGAGCUCCCGGUGGAUCGAAUCGCUACCGUAGAAAAUCCGAAUGGGAUACUCGUAGCAGAAGAAGUUCUUUACCAACGUUAUACGAAUACGAUUCGGAUGCAUCGUCUAUCCGUCUAGCUGAAGUUUUUGCUCAUCCUUACACGUCCGAUCCGUUAGCACGUUCAAGGAGAACAUCCAGGUCUAGUUUGAGAUCCGAUAUGGAUGUUAGAUCGAUGAGCGAAAUCAUGGUCGAUUUUGCCCGACAAGAUGUGCCGGAUAACAUGAGCGAUGGCAGUUCCUAUUACAGACCUAGAAGGUAUUUCGACGAAGACGACGAAGAAACUGGUAGUCUGGUUAGAUCUCUUAGUCAGCCAUCGUUAGCCAGAUCAGCUUCCGAGUUCACCGAAAGCUGGGGUAUUAGAAGAGGUAAUUGGGAUAUCGAUAGUCCCGAGCAUUCUCCCAGAUCAUCUGCCAGAUUUGGCAGAAAUGAACAAAGCUCAUCCUCGACAGCGUACAAUGUACAACAAUCUUCGUACUCUCAACAAAAACGAUGGUUCAGAGAAGGUGAUAAUUGAACGAUGUGAUUUCUACUAAACUUAUAAUUUGAAAUUUUGCUCAUAUUCAGCUCACCAUAGUGAUGCUUUAUCGGAAACAAAUGUUUAAAAAAAAAAAAACCACUUUCUUCUUGUGGAUGAAUUUUGAAGAUACCUACCUACGUAUUUCUUUAAUGGAAAAAGAAAACUUUUCAAAAACUACUUUCAACUUAAAUUACUUAAUAUUCAAACUACAAACAAUCAUACUAAAUCUUUUUGAUUUUUGCGAAAAUUUCUCUUAACAUAUUUCAAUAUAUGAAAAAAAUGCAUACAAGAUAAAAGUUACCCCAAUGAAUAUAAUGUUCAUAGGUACCUACCUAAUUAGGUACAUACAAAGCUGUUGCGGUAUAAAACAAGCUGUUUUAAACAACAUGAUUACAAAUGUUACGCUCCAAUAAAAAAGACUUAUUUAUUUUUUAAUUUCGAAAAUUGCUACAAAAAUGUAGUUUUUUAUGCAGCAAUGGGUUGAAAAAAAUAAAAGGUAAAAAAACUGUGUUGUAAUUUUGAAAUUGAAAGAUUCGUGGAAGUUGAUAACGACGCUAAAGCUAUUGAUUGAUGACCGGUCCCAUUUUAUUAUUCAAAUUUGUUCAUUCAUUACUUCAUAAAGAGCUGAUAGGGCUUUUUUGAUGUCUUUCACUUGAUUUUAUAUGUAUUACUAUUAUCAAUUUACCAAGUUGGCCUACAUAAAAUGUAGAAAUGAAAUAUUAAAAGGAUACCUGCCAAUUAAGCUAUAAUUUAGCUGUUCAUUUUCCAUAGAAAUUGUGAUUUCGAAAAAAAAAUUAAGUUCAACAUAAUGUGAUAGGUACCUUUCUUUAUAUACUCAAGCUAUUGUAUGCUUUGAAGAUUGCAUAAUAAAAGCGUAUGGAUGACAAAAAAGAACGUGUAUUUUUUCUUUUUAAAAAAAAAGUACUGUUCGAAAGAUAUUUUUAAAUUAUUUUGCGCUACCGCUCAGUCAUAAAUCUUAUCGUAUAGUUCGAUUGAUAGGCAUGUUUGAUUGUGUGAUUAUUUGGCAUUUGUUAGUACUUUACUUACCUAAUACCUAUCUUAGUACAAUACGAUACGAAAUAUCUACUUAACGGAAAUUCUUAUUGCCAUCAUUGUUCGAUACUUCUUAUGUUGAUACCUACAUUAAAAUUGACGUAUAUUUGCAAUCUUCUCACUCUCAUUGCGAGUAAAGAUCAAAUUUUAAUUAAAAUUCUUAAUGUAUUUAACAUAUUUUUAUUUAUAUUUUUUUGAUUGACUGCUGCAUAGUUACGAUUAACUGAUUUUUUUUCUUUUAGAAAAGAGUUAACCAUAUUAAGUUAAUAAGUACCUGUAUUUAAUAUUGACGAAUUUUAUAUCUAUACUAAUUAUUUUUAUUACACGUUUUUAAUUUUUUUUCUGUAAUUUAAUUUAAUUAAGGACGAGUUGACGAACGUGUGGAUAUCGUGUACGUGUGUAAUUUGUAUUAGUGUGUGUUAUUUUCUACAAUUAUUAUUUUUUUUCUCUUUUUUUCUUGAAUAAAUCGAUCUCUAAAUUAAAUUUUAACAUUAUUAAUUUAAUGAUAUUUUAUUAAGUAUUCUAUAUAUGUGCUGAAGGAACAUGCGUAUAUAUUGAGCAUGUGUGCUCAUUUUAAAAAUAAUUUUCUUCUUGUCAUUUUAAUAAUAUUAUUGGUUUUCCUUAUUUUUCUCAUGUUUUGUUUUUCUAAUUAAUUAUCUAAUUAUUUUUGUAGAAUGUUCAACUUACAUUUGAAAAAUUUGAAGAAGUGCCAAAAUAUUUAAUUAUAUAAGUGAAUAAGUAGGAUAUAUUUAUUUGCUCAAGAUAUUUUCGCAUUAAUUUUUGUUUAUUCUACGAGUAGGUAGAAAAAACUUUUAUUGAAUCGAUUUUAGGUAUAAAUUUAAGAAAUUCGAAUUGCCGUGAAAAUAUUUUUUGCUUAAUCAAUUUUUCAUUGCUCACUUGCUUUUAUAAAAUAAUUAAAGUGAGACUGAAAAAUUGAUUGAAAACAAAUUUCGUUAUAGCUUAAAAAUAUUAAUUUCUUUUUUGUACGAAUAAUCAAAUAAAAGUUCUAACAACAA